AUGACGGACCUGUUCGAAGUCCUCCCUGGCUUCGACAUUACAAACUACCGCCACUUGAUGCACUCUUUGACACGGGAGAACAUCACUGUCGCGGAGCUUGUCUCUCUGGAACCAGCAGAAAUAGCUCGCCGUUGUCCAUUACCGCUACUCGAUGUACAGAGGCUUGUCGCGAACGUCAUUGGACGCCUGCACAGCGACCUCAACAUGAUCACGAAGCCGCAAUCUAGCAGCGACUUGCUGCCCACCGCCAGCGAUGCGAAGUCUAAGAGCCUAUCAUCCAGUGCAGCCAAAUUCAUUUCAACGCUUGAUCCUGACAUCGAUGCUGCCCUUGGCGGAGGAUUCCCGACCGGGUUCGUUUCCGAGGUCGUGGGCGAAAGUGCUGCUGGCAAGACACAGAUUCUGUACGGACUGCUAUUGUCUGCACAGCUUCCAGAGCCCCAGGGACUGGGUAAAGCCGUUGUGUACAUCAGCACAGAGGACGAACUCUACACCAAGCGCCUCGUCCAGAUCCUGACGUCGAGUCCGGUCUACCAAGGGCUGCCCGCUCAUCAGAAGCCGUCCCUGGACAAUGUGUAUACCAUCAAAGCCACCAAUUUCGAUCGACUGAUGCACAUCCUCGAGUUCCAGAUUCCCCACUUCCUGAGAAAGAGCAAAUUCGGUCUCUUGGUCCUCGACUCCGCUGCCGCAGCACUCCACGGCGGCGACCGCAUGGGCGACGCUGCAGUCGCACUUGGGGCUCGAGCCAGCGAACUCGGCAGACUGGGCCAGGCUCUACACAACAUCGCAAUGGAGAAGAACAUUGCUGUAGUGUGCUCAAACCAGGUCCGGGACCGCUUUACCGAGAGCAUCAUUCCCACUCAGGACAUCAUGCGCUCCUCGCCCUCGGAAACGCCCUCAACACAAUCAACCUCAGCUCAGCGCGACGCACGCAACACUAUCAUGUCUCUCGACCACCAACAGCGCUUCUUCACAGGUUGGGGUGACAAGCCGGUCGAUCAGCUACACGAUCUCAAGACACCUGCGCUCGGUCCGGCCUGGGCAUCACAAGUCGACGCCAGAAUCGUGCUCAAAUUCGGAGAUGGUCCGUCUAGCAGCAAAGAUGAUGAAGCUAUUAGGCGCCGCUUCAUCAACGUCGUCUACGCCCCCUGGACCGGUCCCAAAGUGCGAUCCACCGAGUUCACCAUCGAGGCUGGAGGUCUGGUUGCGAGAAAGCAGGACAAGAAGCAACAGGAAAUUGAGGAGCUGUUGGAUGAUAGUCUCUGGAAGGAUGACGAAGAAGAUCAGGAGUUCCCAUAA